ACCUAUGUCAAUGUUUACAAAUAAUUUAAUGUCUGUAGUAAGUUUUAUUAAAAUAAACUUGCAUGGUAAGUUUUCAAUAGUACGAAAAGGCAGUUUAGGAUUUCCACCCCAUGAAAAUUAAAAAGGUUGCGGCGCAGCGUGGGUGCAUUCGCGUCGUGCGUGAGUCAAGUUAGGGGAGGAGGUGAAAUAAUUCAUUCAGUCUCUGGCAACCGUCGAGUGUAGUCGGGAACUGAAGAGUGCUCCUGUUGGAAGAGACAGUGUUUUUAAAUUAAAGUGUUGUUGUAUGAUGGUGGUGACUUAAACAUGGGCGACUUACGAAACAUUGAGGUAGUGAGCCAAGAAGAGGAAGUGGUUGACCAAGGGCCACAAAAGACGCCACAAGAGGCACCACAAGAGGCACCACAAGAGGCACCACAAGAAACACCACAAGAAAAGCCUCAAGAUGCAGUAGUUGUUGAGCAAGGCACCAUCGAGACGGAUAAGAAGGAUUUGUUGUGGAUGGGCGGCGUUGCGGAGUGUUUUACAACUGUGCUGUCACUGUUUGGGCGCGCUGAUCUGAAGAUUUCGAAGGACGAAAGCUGGGUCGUGCCGUAUGAGGAGCUCACAGAAAUGUCUUAUGUCGGCUCGGGGGCCCAAGGCACCGUCUUUAAAGGCCUACUGCGUGGUGAAAUCGUCGCCUUCAAAAAAGUGAAGUCUCACUCUGAGACAAACAUAAAACAUCUGAGGAAAUUGAAUCAUGACAACAUUGUUCAAUUCCGUGGCAUCUGCACCAAGUCACCUAAUUUUGGUGUGAUUAUGGAGUACUGUCAGUAUGGGCCGCUGUACGAUUACAUCCAUGGAUCCAACCAGUUCGCUCCGAAGCAGCUUCUGAAGUGGGCCAAGGAGAUAGCGCUGGGUUUGGCCUACUUGCAUACUCACAAGAUCAUUCAUCGGGACUUGAAAAGCCCUAACAUUCUGGUCGCUGAUAACCUGGUGCUCAAGGUUUCCGACUUUGGGACGUCACGCGAAUGGAAUGACGUUAGCACGAUCAUGAGCUUCACCGGCACUGUGGCCUGGAUGGCUCCCGAAGUGAUUCGCCACGAGCCCUGCUCUGAGCGGGUGGAUGUGUGGUCUUAUGGCGUGGUGCUGUGGGAACUGUUGACCCAAGAAAUCCCUUACAAGAACGUAGAGACUCAUGCCAUAAUGUGGGGUGUGGGCACCGAUACCGUGCGCCUUCAUGUCCCCGCGACCAUCCCAGGGAGUUUCCAGUUGCUGCUGAAUCAGUGCUGGAACCGUACGCCCAGGAACAGGCCUCCGUUUAAGAUCAUUGCCGCUCACCUGGAUAUCGCGGCUAAUGACUUCAUAGCUCUGGAAGAUGAUUUUGUGGCUACCCAAGGAGUCUGGCGGGAGGAAGUGCAAGAUGCUAUGGAAAGACUCUAUGUGAAGACGGAGCAGCCUUCGCUGUCGGACGCUAUGCAACGCCGCGAGGAGCUGAACAAGGCGCAGUGCGCUCGCGAGGUGUACGAGGCCCAGCUGUCGCGCGCCAAUGAGCUCUACAUGGAGGUAUGCUCCGUGAGGCUUCAGCUGGAACAGCGCGAGCAGGCUCUGUUGGAACGUGAGCAAGCGCUCAACAAGGCUUGCCGUUGCGGCCUCCGGAAGAAGUUCUUCCAGCGUCAGCUGUCUUCCUCAUCCGACGGCUUGAAGAAGGCUUAUGGCCCUCCGGCCAACGCUGGCGGCUGCUGCAAGAAGAAGUCCGAGGGCAUCCCCGCCCAAGUGCUGCUAAGCUUCGACGAGAACAACCCAGACCAGCCGAUCUCCGUCGUCGUAAAGGAGGAACAGGAGAGCACCUGCUGCGACUGCUGCGAUGACCGCUUCGAGAACAACAACAUGGCCACCGUCAAAGAUACGGUGGUUGAGAAAAACGGUAACGUAGACUUCGUCGAGAAGUUCCAGAAGUUGGACAACUACAUGUCCAACGUGGCUCAAGUCUGAAGUCCUUUCGGCUUGAGAUAUUACAGGGAGGUGAGGAGGGCGUGCAACUAAGUUUAGUUAAUGAUCCCUUAGGGAAGUCGCAUGACAUUAUUAUAAUUAUUAUAGCUGUGUAAUCAUUGAUACGUGUGACUUAGAUUUCGUGCAGAUUGACUACGUCGAUUCCAACUUCUCACUACGUGGCCCGAGAGAUUACGGUCACUUUUGUGUCGUUGCAGAUAUGUGGAAGCUCACGCCCCCCUCCCGUAUUAUUCAAAGAUUUAUAGGGUUGUUAUUUUUAACUUAACAAUUGGGGUCAUGCUUUAAUGCAAUUUGAGGGUUGUCACCAUGUUAUGUCUUCUGCUAUUACCUUACGUAUUUACGUACCUCACGAAAGUAUUUUGUUUAAAAUGAACCCUCAUACCUGAUUGCUCUCUCAUCCAUAAAAAGCUUUUUAUACCAAACCGGUAUGUACUUAAUUUAUUUGCUCAAAAAGGUGGCAACCCUAUAAAUAGAGGGACCUUUUUAAAGUCGUUAAAAAUAAACAAAAAAAUACAAAAAAAAAGUUGGUGUACGUGUCGAUUAUAUACGGCGUAUCUGUCGUUUUACUGUAGCAUGAUGGACUGUAUGUUAUCCUUUCGAUGCACAUUUGCAGUCUUUUUGUGCCUAAAGAAGACCUGAGCUACUCCACUUUUUAUUCUUUGACAUCUCUCGCCUGCGCUUGGGCAUCAUUCUUGUUAUUUUAUGAGUAACGACAAACGUACAGAUUUAUGAUCUUUUUCGUCACACGGAUUCGAAAAGACUGCAAAUCCUUUAUAGAUGUUUCAAUACAAUAACAUAUUGCUCAGCUCCCUAGGUGAGCGCUCUACAUUCCGAGGCACUGACCCUUUUCGUGCCCUUAUACACUACUUCUAAGAAAAUCUGGGAUUUAUUUCUUUCCUAGGAAAUUUUAAAGAAAUCAUUUUUCAGGGCAAUUCUGAUUUAUUACGUUUGAGAUUAAUAACAGUGAUAUCUUGGCUUUAAACAUGAAUAUGGACUCUUGAAAUAUUUUUUUUUAUAUUGUGAAGAAUUAGCCCAUUAUGAUUUAUUCCUUUUUGAUUACCUUGUAAUCUGGAUAGGCGUUAAACAACUGUACUUCCUUGAUAAGUGUUACCUAUUCUUCGAUCAUGUGUUUACUCCACGAACUUGCGCUAUAUCUGUAUCUGUAUGACCUACAGGUUAUCUAGUCAAAAAGAACUAGUCUAAAAUACUUUUUUACAAUGACAUAAUGUUAUUUUAAUGCAAAUUUUAGAUCUCGAACUAACAUGCCUGUUGGAUUUAUUCAACUGACAUUUUAAAUUAAGAUGGCGCAUAGUAUCGUUUGUUAAGAUUUAAUUUAUUAUUUAAGUUGUAAAAAUGGUUAUCGAAAUCAGCUUUACAAUUUUAUUAAGUACUCUUGUUAUAUUAAUUUAGUUUUAGCUGGCCUAAAACUUUUCUAGUUUUGGUUAUAAUGAUCGAAUUUUCUUUAGAUCUGCACAUUUUUUUGUAUAGGUUGUGAUUUUAUUUUGUUUAUUUUGCCUGAAAAUGUAAUCUCAUAUUUUUUUUGUUAUAAAGUUAUAUUUUGGUGCUUUUGCACGUUAUUUCUUAGCUAUAUUGUAUGAUUUUUGAUCAGUUUCGGCGAUUGGUAAGUGCGUCGUGCACGCAUUUAUGGUUUUGGCAAAUAUGAAUUAUAUUGGAGAAGAGAAGUGACUUGAUAGUAGUUGAUAUUGAUAUUUUUGUAACAUAUUUUUUGCUGCGCGUACCACUUUGAAUAGGCUUGAAAAGUACUAUUUUAACGUAGGUUGAAUCGGCCUGUUUGACACGCCAAAGCAAAGUAUAUGUUAGUGAUGGGCAGAGACGCGGGAGGCGUAGGGACGCAUGCGUGCGCGUUUAUGCGCAAUAGUAUUUUUUCACUUAAAAAUUAACGCACGCAUAUGUACAUAUAAGCCUGUCAUUACGUCAGGCUUUUAUGUGAUAGGCCUUACAUCACGAAACGAUUUCUAUUUAUUCGACUAUUCAUCUCUCUCGCUCCCACUGAGUAUAUUAUGUGUGAAAGAGAUGCAUGGAAUGUGUAUUUGGAAAUCGUUUGUAGGAUCUGUAGUUGUGAAAAUUGUAAUAUACUUAAAAUAACCAUUCGGUUCAGCUUAAAAUAUUUUUUCGGAUAUCAAAAUUAAAAACGUAUGGUUUGUGUUUAAACUAAAAGGUUUAUUUUUUCUAACGUUGGCCUUUAACACGAAAUGCAUUUAAAUUUUAUAAAAUAAUGUGACUUUAGCCUGACUAUUUUUUAAUAUUCUUUACCAAAGAUGUCAAAUAAAGGUGUACGAAAUGCAUGGAUUUGAUGACGAUUCCAAAAAGUAAGAUCUCAUUUUUUGUAUAGUCAUUAUUUAACAGUACAUUAAAUUCGUCCUUUUAAUAAAUAAAUUAACUCACGUCUAUUACGUUUACUAUAUAAAGCCAAAGGCCAGCCCAUUUACUCUUAUAUUUAAGUUCCAAAUAUUUUGUUUGUUUUAUUAACAUAAGUUUGUUACAAGACUGCUACAAGUCAAGUAUUUUUGAUGCGACUUUACUAUUUCUACAAUUAUAUGUAUAUACCCGUUCAGAAAACUCACGUUGAAUACAACUGGUAAUGAUAACCACCAAAUUAUACUAUUCUGAACUUUAUGUCAGUUAAGUUUAAGAUUGAAGAUUCGAAAUACUGGUCGAUCUCACCUCUUUCUAAGUCCGGCGUGUAUCUUGACGGGUAUUCUUCAACUCUCGCUCAAGCACGUUGCCAAUUUCAUUUUGGACCUUACUGCCUUGGAGUAAGGAUUUAAGUUCUAUUUAUUUUUUUCGUCCUAAAUGAAAAACCGUGACGUGCUGAGCCUUAGAAAUCGGUGUUUAAAAUUAAGUUAAGUCCAUUUCAAUGAAAACACAAUAGGAUUUUUGAUUCGUUCAUAUUGUUUGUAUAAGUCGUAUUUAUACUUCAGCGCAUGUUAUUUUAACUAAGUUAUGUUAUGAGAUAAAGUUUGAGUUACCGUUCAAUUACUCUCUAGGUACAAUUUAGUGACCUAUUGUGGUUUUAUGAAAAUUUGGACUAGAUAUAAGUACUUAAUAAGUCAUUAUUCUAGCAUUUAGAUAUCAUGUUAGCCAUCUGCGAUUUGCAAAGAUAUUAUAAUGUAGACGAUUUAUGUGGCAGCCGUAAAAAAAAGAAAAGAAAACGACAACAAAAAUCUGUGACUGAAACAAAAGAAGAUAUUUUAACAGUGAAAAAGCUGCGUGGAAUCCACGUAUGCAAAAAUCGAUUCCAAAACUAUUACAGUUCAUUGGUGUCAUUUUGAAACCAUUUAUAUUAUUAAAAAAAAAAACAUUAAUCUAUGGGAAAGUUAAGACAGUGUGAGUUGUCAUCUCACCUUUGCGCAAAUACCAUAACCAGCUAAAAGUCCCCUAGAUUUCAAAUAAAAAACAUCAUCAAUACGCUGGUGUACAGUCGCAGGCACUUGAGUAAUAUAGUACUUAUCGCUACUGCGUAAGGUGUAUAACUUGAGUGACCGAUCACCUGCGCAUACGCAGCCAGAAUGACAACAAUUCACUACGCUGGCACAAAAAGAUAAUAAAAUUAAAAUCAAAAAUUUCUCUCCCUUUCUUUCUGGCCAUUAAUUUUAAAUAGUUUUUUUUUGGGAAUAUCGGAUUCGUUACCAGAGUUUUCAGAACUGGCUUUUCGAACUAGUAUUUUUGCGAAUCGUGGAUGUCAUUAUUAUUUGUACUGCCCUGUGUACUAAGUUUUAAGACUGAUUCUAAAGCACACCAAUGUAUCAAGCAUUCGACCGAGUGAUUGCACUCAACCGCCAGUGUUAACUGAAGGCGUUCUGU